UCGGGGUAGUAGGCUCCGUUAGCAAUGGCACUGGGGUGAAUGGCGUGGUGAAAGGGGGGAAAGGUGUUCUUGGGAAUAUAAGAAACGGCACUGGCAUCAGGGGCAACGUCGAAAGUGGAACAGGUGUCAUGGGGUAUGUUAUAGGAGGCACAGGCCUGAACGGCACAGUAGAGAAUGGCACUGGGGUAUUUUGGCAUGGUCUCGGGCGGAACCGGGGUGGCCGGGACUGUGCUUGACGGCACGGGUGUGAAUGGAACCAUCCUGAGUGGCACGGGCGUGAACGGGAGUGUGAGCGGAGGCACGGGCGUCGCGGGAGUCAUCGGCAGAGGCACCGGCGUGUCUGGCGUGGUCAACGGAGGCGUGGGCGUGAGAGGGUUCGUCGUACCAGACACCUAUCUGACUCGCCUGCUUAGGGAAACGCCGGCUGCUGGAACAGUUGGCGAUGAAACCCCAUACAUUGGUGGGGAAUCUCAAGUAGUUAGUGGUAGAACAGCAGGCACUGGUGGUGAAUCGACAGGUAUUGGCGGCGAAUCUCCGUUUAUUGGUGUUCAAACACCGUUUACUGUUGGUGAAAUAUCACUAGGUGAUAUAACUUCAGAUAUAGGAGGUAAAUCUCCAUUUGUCAGUGAUCUUAGAAAUGAAUCUCCGCUUCUUGGGAUGCAGUCACCAUUUGUUAGGGAUGAAGCACCAAUUUCUGAAAGUGAUUCACCAACACCUGGAGAUGAAGCACUAAUUCCUGAGGAUGAAUCAUCACUCGUUGGUGGAGAAUCACCAAUUGCUGGAGAUGAAUCACAAAUAAUUGGGGAGAAAGCAUUACAUGUUAGGGAUGAAUUCCCAAUACCUAUAGAUGUAGAUCCACCUACGGGUGAAGCACCGAUACCUAUGGAGGUAGAUCCACCUACGGAUGAAGCACCGAUACCUAUGGAUAUAGCACGUAGGGAUAAAGCACCAAGUUCUGUGGAUGAAGCACCAAUAUCAGGGGAUGGAUCACUAUUUGUUAGGGAUAAAAUACCGAUUGCUGGAGAUGAAUCACCAAUUUCGAGAGAUAAAUCAGCACCUGCUCAGGAUGAAGCACCGGUUUCUGGGGAUGAAUCAUCAUUUGUUGGGGGUGAAUCUGUAAUUCCUGAAGAUGAAUUGCCUGUUCCUGGAGAUGAGUCACCAUUUGUUGGGGAUGAAUCACCAACUCCCGGGGGCGAGCCUCCAACUUCUAGGGAUGAAUCGCCACUUGUUGGGGGAGAAGAAUCAUUUGUUGAGGCUGGAGCUGCGGGCGAGGCCCCCAAUAGCGGAGGCAGCGCGUCGCUUGACGGGAGGUCGGCCGCUGAUGAAGCCCCGGCCAUACCCUCGGAGGUGCCUGCUGUGCCUCUUCCAGUCUUCGGAGAGGCACCCGCUGUGGGCGGCGAUUCCGUUGUUGCUGAUGACGCUGACGGAGGCGAGGGUAAAAGUCCCUUCGACCCACACAACUCUUUACUCCACUUUCUCAGUGCACAUCGCGGAAAUAUAUGCGACACCUUUGACGAGACUUCUCAAACUGACCUGAAGAGCGUCCAGAGGGAUCGCUGGAGGAGUGGUAGAAGGCGUUGGCAGAAGAAGGGAACCAAAGCCAAGAGAGGAUGGGAGGAGCAAUACGGUUCAAGAGCAGAGAACAUUUGCAUCGUAACUGCCGCGCACGAGGUCGUGAAGCCGCUUGCUUGUCCUCGUUGGCGGCGGCGGGAAGGAGAGCACGGCGUUCUCUCCUCACGCCCUCGCGGCCAAGGGGCUUCAGGGUGGGGCGAAGGCGUCCUGUGUGCUGCAAAAGGCCGGGGAAACACCAGUCCCAAGGUGACAACUUGUACCCUCUGCGGGCCGGAGCGCGCGGGUGACCGACACGCCCACUCGACCGUGGCCUCAGACACGCCGUCAAGGGUUAGGAUCACCUGUGGCGGGUUUCCUCCGGCAGCGGCUGCAGCAGCCGUUGUCUACUUCACCGCCACGGGUGCAGCCCUGGUGCAAGAAAAACAAUGGAAAAGAGACACCCACAGAGCACCUGCAGCCGAGGCAGCCGCGUGGCGAGCUCGGACACCCAAAGGGCAGCAGCGCGCCGUAGUGGUCGCUGUCUCGCACGAUCAGAUCCGCCUCUCCACGAAGGACGGCAGCCGGCCGCCGACGCGCCGCUCAGGUGCCCGCGGAACCACCUGA